CGCGUCCGCCGGUGAAGCCCCAAAUCGAGAUUGACCGUGCUGGUGAAUGUGGCUCUGCCGGGAAAGAUGGCUUCCCUGUCGCCCAGCUCCUCCUGGAUCAGCUGACGAGAGCUUCCGGCUGCUGAAGGCCUGAACCAUUAGGCGAGAACACAGGCCGCGGUAGGGGGCGCUGACGCGUACCUCUCCCCAAAGAAGAAGAAACAAUCAUGGCGGCCACCAGCAGGAACGUGGAGGAGAUCAGGAACCGGGUGAUUCUAGAGGAGUUCGGAGUGAAGAAUGUUCAUACGACAGACUUUCCUGGAAACUACCCCGGAUUCCAGGACUGCUGGGACAUGAAGAACUUUCAGAAGAACUUUAGGAUUGACGUUGUGCGUCUGGAUGAGAACAACAUAGAGUUUGAUAUGGUCGGGAUCGAUGCUGCUAUUGCCAAUGCCUUCCGGAGAAUCUUACUGGCAGAGGUUCCGACCAUGGCUAUUGAGAAGGUGUUCAUCUACAACAAUACAUCUAUUGUCCAGGAUGAAGUCUUGGCCCACAGAUUGGGCCUUGUGCCCAUCAAAGCUGACCCUCGUUUGUUUGAGUACAAGAACAUCGCUGAGGAAUCUGGAGAACAAGAUGCUUCAGAAAUAGAUACAAUUCAACUUCACCUGAAGAUCAAAUGCAGCAGGAACCCCAGAGCCAGCAAAGAGUCCUCAGACCCCCGAGAGCUCUACUUGAACCACAUGGUCUAUUCCAAGGAUAUAAAGUGGGACCCUUUGGGGAACCAGGCAGAUGUGUUCGCAGACUGUCGGAUUGGGGCAGUGCACGAUGACAUCUUAAUAGCUCAGCUGCGACCGGGGCAGGAGCUGGACGUGGUCAUGCAUUGUGUCAAAGGCAUUGGAAAGGAUCAUGCCAAGUUUUCCCCGGUGGCAACAGCUAGUUACCGUCUUCUCCCAGAUAUCACGCUGAUGGAGCCGGUGGAGGGAGAGAAGGCAGAGCGCCUGAAGCGCUGCUUUUCCUGUGGAGUUAUAGAUCUAGAAGAUGUUCAUGGGAAGAAGGUUGCCAAAGUGGUGAACAGUCGACUAGAUACGUGCAGCAGGGAAGUACUUCGACAUGAGGAUCUGAAGAACUUGGUGAAGCUGGGGAGAGUGCGGGACCAUUUUAUCUUCACUGUAGAAUCCACCGGCAUUCUACCCGCAGACGUUCUAAUGCAAGAGGCCAUCAAAGUCCUAAUGGCCAAAUGUCAGAUGUUUCUCAAUGAGCUGAGCUGUGCUGGCACACAGUGAUGAUGGUGGUUUGUCAGGAGUCUGCUCGUCUGUCUUUGUGACUUGUGUAUUGCAGCAAACUUUAUUUUGUUUCUCAAUAUGGCAAGGUUCUGCUCAUUGAAGAUCUGCCAUAUUUCUCAGAUUGGGUAUUUCAGAGAUAUGUUAUUAAAGCUCUUAAGAAUCACAAGAAGAACUUAGAUGCUCAUCUUUUAGUUUUCCUAAAGGAUUAUUGUCCAGGAACCCAAACUUUUUGCUUUGUUCAGCUGUUCACUUUUUAGUAUGUUUGUAGUCUAAUAAAAAUUGUCCAAACAAU